AUGCUCGAAAACGAGUUGCUCAGAGCAAAAGAUAGCAUUUCACAAGCUGAACCUGAAGUCGAGGCCGCUUUGACCUAUAUAAAAACUGAAGGUAAAAAAGCACUAGAAGAUGCAGAAAAGUUUUCUGAAACAGUUAAUUCAUCUAAGGAUCUGGAAAAUAUAGCAAAAGAAGCCAAAGAUCUAGCAACUGAGCUAGAAAACAAUGUUAACACAAUUACAGAUUUAGCAACACAAGUUAAAAAUAUUUCCGAUCAACUUUUAUCCAAAGAGCCUGAAUUAAAUGAAUUAUUCCCUAAUGAAACUGACUCCUGGCUAGAGUACUUGCAGAAUAGAACCGAAUCGUCAAAAAAUAACAUGCAAGAGUUACUCGAACUUGUUGAUGAUACGAAGCAACUUUUAUUGGAUACCAAAAAUGAUUAUAUCGAAAUAAUACAAGAUAUAAAUAAUGCAACUGUUCCUGAAAUUAAUAUUCCCGAAUUAGGUAACCGCAUAGAAGCUAUGAAUGGAGUGUCUAAUCGGAUCAUAAGAGAAGCAGAUGAUUUUUUAAAUGGACCACAUUUAUAUCAAAAAAUUAAAAAAGAAUUAGAAACAAAUUCUAAUGUUAUGGAAUCUUGGAGUGAAUUGGUGAAAGAAUGGAAUGCAAUGUUAGAGAGCGUUAAUAAUUAUAACAAUAUGGCAAAGGAAGCGAUAAAGAUGGCAAAUGAUGUGUUAGAAAAUGCUAAAAAAACACUGGAAGAAGUAUCGGAGAACAACAACUUGAAAAAAGUGAAAGAAGCCGCUAAAGAUGCACUUAAUGAAAGACAACAAAUAAAAAAUGAUAUGAAUGAAAUAUCAAUUGAAAUUAAUAAUUUUGGGGGAAGAGUGUCUGAAAUAAAAAACAACAUAGAAUACUUGAAUAUAUCCGUGAUUAAUGGAGAGAUUCAGGAUUCUAAGCAGCAAGUUAAAUCCACACAAGAUGAUGUAGAAAAUAUCCAAGAAAAUUUAAAUUCUACGGAAGAUACUCUUCAAAAUUUAGAUGAUUAUCUAAAACUGACUGAAGACCGGUUUGUGAAAGAAAAUGAUGUAUAUAAAAAAGAUGAAGCUUUACUAAAAGAAUCUAGUAAGAACCAAAAUAAAUUGCAUUCUGAUAUGGAGUCAUUCGCAGAAACUUUAAAUAAAAGACUAUUAGAACUCGAAGAUAUAAGAACAAAUUUAAAUAACCCGAUAGAAAUUGAUGAACAAACUCUCAACAAAUUAGAAAGAAGAAUUAAGCUGCUAGAGAAACAAUUAAAUGAUGAUGAUAUAUCUGGUCAGAUAUUAAAACUCCAAAAUAUACAAGUAAAACAAACUUAUUUAAUUUCGAUGAAAGAAGAUGAAUUAAAACUUUUGGAAAACGAAGUAGAAAAUGUAAAAUACAUUGCUGCAGCACUGCCGGAGAAUAUACAUGCCGCAGAUUAA